AUGGGAAUCCUCUGGUGCACUUCACCAACACCCGAAGACAAUACAAAGAUUGACUACUGCGACUUUUGGUGGAAUGAGAAGCCGAAAUGGGAAGACAUUGUGAGUGCGUCGAUGAUCACUGCAUUAGGUCUGGAAUUUGGUUCUCUGUUCUGGGUGUCCAUAACAUUCUGCGCUUGUUGCUGCCGAGAAUUCUGGAUUUCAACAUUGCUUACUUGUAAUGCACUGGCCACUUACAGUGCAUUGGUCACUUAUAAUUUUGAUAUUUCAGAUAUUCUAGGCACAAGUAAGAGCGAAGCACAACAGGCCUACAGCACCAGAUUCUCCUACAGCUAUUAUUCAGCAUGUUUCGCUGUGUUCCUGACUGCUCUGGACAUUUUUGUCGGCGUAUUCGCGAGGAAAAUAGCUCACAUUUGUUGUUAG